GCGCGAGCGAGCCUCGCGUUUGUUUGUCAAUUACCGCGAAGAGCAUUCGAACCGGCAUUAGCAAUAAGGAAUCAGGUUGCCAUUUUGUCACAAGCGCCCAUUAUAGUUUCGUGCCUGGCCGCGUGUGUUGAUCAAUUCAUCAUCGUCGUUUCCCGCUAACCGAUUACAUGCGGUUCUCGUCGAUACUCUGCUGGAUGCUGCGAAAAUAAUAGUCUUUUUGCAAAGUGUUUAAUUGCAAUUAAUUCCCUCUUCCAUCACGGUGAAAGCAGACUACAAGCCGAGAGAAUUUCUGCUCCACCAACGUCAGCACAAGGAAUCGUACGACCGGCGGCGUUCAGAGCCGUGAUAGUGGCCUCUGGCUCAUCAGUCUACGCGCAGCAUUGAAAGUGAAAGAAGGUUCGGAACGAUAUCUCCACGGUAUCAGUAGCAGCAGCAAUAGAAGCAGCAGUAUGGCUAGUGGUAAAAUAGCUCUCGUCAGUGUCUCGGAUAAAUCCGGUCUGGUGGAGUUCGUGAAGCAGCUGAACGAUCUCGGACUAAAGCUGGUAGCGAGCGGUGGAACGGCGAAAACGAUCCGCGAUCAGGGACUCCCGGUGCGCGAUGUGUCCGACCUAACCGGUGCACCGGAAAUGCUGGGUGGGCGAGUGAAAACCCUGCACCCGGCCGUACAUGCGGCCAUCCUAGCCCGUACCACUGAGUCCGAUCAGCGAGAUAUUCGGCAGCAGGGUUACGAGUUGGCCCAGAUCGUCGUUUGCAAUCUGUACCCGUUCGGGUUGACCAUCUCGAAGCCCGACGUAACGAUCGCAGAAGCGGUAGAGAACAUCGACAUCGGCGGGGUGACACUGUUACGUGCGGCCGCUAAAAACCAUCAGCGCGUGACGGUCGUUUGUGAUCCGAAAGAUUAUGGGCGGGUGCUGGAGGAGAUACGUACUAAUGGUGACACGACGGAAGCAACGCGCCAAGUGCUUGCCCUCAAGGCAUUCACGCACACGGCCGAGUACGAUGCGCUCAUUUCCGAUUACUUCCGCAAGCAGUAUUCGGCCGGUGUGUCGCAGCUGAACCUGCGGUACGGCAUGAACCCUCACCAGAAGCCGGCCCAGUUGUACACGGCCCUCGAGCGGCUACCGCUGAAGGUGGUCAAUGCGUCACCGGGUUUCAUCAACCUUUGCGAUGCCCUGAACGGUUGGCAGUUGGUGCGUGAGUUGAAGCGUGCCCUAGGGCUACCGGCAGCCACCAGCUUCAAGCAUGUCUCACCGGCCGGUGCUGCCGUAGGCGUUCCGUUGACGAUCGAACAGGCGAAGCUAUGUAUGGUGGACGAUAUACUCGAUACUCUGACACCGCUCGCCACCGCUUACGCACGUGCCCGCGGUGCCGAUCGGAUGUCUUCGUUCGGUGACUUUGUUGCCCUGUCCGAUACCUGCGAUCUGGCCACGGCAAAGAUCAUAUCGCGCGAAGUGUCGGACGGUAUCAUUGCGCCCGGUUACACCGAGGAAGCACUCGAGGUACUGCGCAAGAAGAAGAACGGAUCGUACUGUGUGCUGCAGAUCGAUCCAACGUACGAACCGGGUCCGGUGGAGCGCAAAACUCUGUUCGGUUUGCAGCUGGAACAGCGCCGUAACGAUGCCGACAUUGGUAAAGCACUGUUCACGAACAUCGUGUCGAAGAACAAAACGCUACCGGAGGGAGCAUUGCGUGAUCUGAUCGUGGCGACGAUCGCGCUCAAGUACACGCAAAGCAACUCGGUGUGCUACGCCAAGGAUGGGCAAGUGGUCGGUAUUGGUGCCGGCCAGCAGUCACGCAUCCACUGUACUCGGCUCGCCGGUGAUAAGGUGGACAACUGGUGGUUACGGCAGCACCCGCGCGUUGCCUCGAUGCAGUUCCGAAAGGGUGUCAAGCGGGCGGAAAUCUCGAAUGCGAUCGACAACUACGUCAACGGGACGGUGGGGAAGGAUAUGCCGGUGGCACAGUUCGAGGCGAUGCUGGAGAAGGUACCGGCACCGCUGACGCAGGAGGAUCGUGAUCGGUGGAACCGCGAGCUGAAGGGUGUCUCCAUUGGUUCGGAUGCGUUCUUCCCGUUCCGGGACAAUGUCGAUCGGGCGGUGCUUAGCGGGGUCUCUUACAUUGCCGCACCGGCCGGUUCGACCAACGAUGCGGGCGUAAUUGAUGCUUGCAAUGAGCAUGGCAUCGUCAUGGUGCACACCAAUUUGCGACUGUUCCAUCACUAACAAUUGAAGGAACUCAGGCCAUCUAAAACAAAAAAAAUAUACAUUUCUCUCUGUCCUCUUUUUGAUACGUAAAACUUCGAA